AUGGAGAUGGGACGAUUAUCGUCUACCAUUGUAUGGUCAUUUGAAGCUGCUACUCAUCCUCUCGUCCCCACUCUCUCUGUCUCUCUCAAUCAACCUGACGUUCCCGUCCCCUCCCUUGCCACUCUCUGCACUUUCUGCUUCCUGCAGGCUUGUCGCUUCGUGUCGCAGAGGAAUCGGUUCAAGGCGCUUCUCACGCUGCUGCCGGCUCUCUCUGCUGACUUCCUCUGUGUUCAGGAGAUGGAUGAGUACGAGGCAGUGUAUCGACAGCCCAUGGCAGCAGCGGGGUGGGAGAGCGUGUAUGUGAAGAGGCCGGGCAAGAAGAGGGACGGAAGCGGCAUCUUUUUUAAAUCCAGCAGGGUGGGGGAGGAAGUGGAGGGAGACGAGGCAGAGGAUGGGGAGAGCAAGGCGGGAGUGGAGGCGGUUAGGGAAGGGAUGGGAGGGAGCGGGGGAGAUAGAGGGCAACGGGGAGAGGGGCGAGUGGUGGUGGUGGCAUCAUCUCACAUCUUCUGGGACCCAGCAUGUGCAGACGUGAAACUGGCUCAAGCACAGUACCUGCUGCACCAGGUGGCGCACUUCCGAUCCUCUAUAGUCACCUCCGGGCACACUGCUAGAGCAGCGCACGGCAUGGGGCCAGCAGGCGUCGUCAGUGCUUCUAACCAAGCUGUGAGCUCUCCCGUCUCUGUCUUAACUGUCUGCUCACUGCGUUCUCCCCAUCCACCUCCCGCCCUUCACACCCCUCAGCUGUUGGAGCAGCGCACGGCAUGGGGCCAGCAGGUGUCAUCCGUGCCUACCACUACGCUGACUGCUCACUGGAUUUUGUUCCAAGGUCUGUCUCCUCUCACCUUUCCCCCCUCAUUCCCCCAUCCUCUAACUCCCGCCCUUCAGCUGCUGGAGCAGCGCACGUCGUGGGGUCAGCAGGUGUCAUCAUUGCUGGAGCAGCGCACGUCGUGGGGUCAGCAGGUGUCCUCGUUGCUGGAGCAGCGCACGUCGUGGGGUCAGCAGGUGUUAUCGGUGCUCCUCGCCAUGCUCGCAGCAGCCGUGCUCGCCUCCCUCUCUGUGCUGCCCACCGCCUCUCCCGUCUAUGAUUUUGUGUGGACACGUGUCAUGCCCAUGGCUGUGGCUCUGGUGCUAUUAGAGACGGAUGUGACGUCAGCAUUCACACAGUCAGGUCCCGGCCUGCUCGCUUUCCUGCUGGGUGCGGCCGGCACGAUUGCAGGGACACUUGUCGGCUUCUCAUUGGCCGGGCCCUCCCUAGGAGUGGAGGGGUGGAAGGUGGCGGCUUGCUUCUGUGCGACGUACAUCGGAGGGAGCGUGAACUACGCUGCCACUGCCAAGGCUCUAGGCAUGGACAUCACAGCAGGAGCAGCAGCAGCCAGCACGGGAGCCAGCUUACUAACAGCAGGCAUGGCGGUGGACAAUCUCCUCAUGGCUGCUUACUUCUCAUCCCUCACUCUCUCCAUAGCCGCUGCCGCCUCGGCAUGCGCGCUAGCAGACAAACUUGCCGUCCAUCUGCCGCCCGUGAUGGCCUCGGCACAGCUGGCGCUUGCCGCUGUGCUGGCCUCCCUCCUGUCUACUAUAGGAGCGUCGGCAAGUGUGUCUGAAGCCAUGUCUGCUGGUGGUGGUCUGCUUGCAUUCGUUGCAACUGUGUUAAUGCUAAUGGUAGUAUCCAACGCCAAUGUUGGUGGUCCUGCCACGGCUGUUUCAAGACGCCCCAUAACCUUCCCUUCGGUUUCUUCCCUUCUUCCCUCACCCGCCCCACCCUCUCCCCCCCCCCUUCCCCCUCCUCCUCCCCCCCCCCCCUCUUCCCCCCGCCCCCAUCAGCUAAUGGUAGCAUCCAACGCCAAUGUGGGGGGACCUGCCACGGCUGCUGCUAUGGCCAGUGCUCGCAAUUGGCCCCAACUGGUGAGACCUGCUACAGUGCUUGAAGCUUUUGUGUUGAGCUUUGUUGAGCUUUGUUGA